AUGCCGCCAGCCGACGACGACUCGGACGUGCCGCUGCCGCCACCGCCUCCGUUCCCUCCUCCUCCACAAGCGCGAUCGGAAGACGAUUCGAAGCCGAACAGGCGACCGCUACAGAGCUCUGGUCAGGUGCAAAAGCCCAAGAAGAGAAAAGAUUUUCGCGAGAUCCUCGCGCUCUUUCAUGACGAGUCGAUGGACGCCGCGCAAGUCGAGCGCGUGUGGAGCGCUUUGUGGCAGACGACGCUCGUGGAGAGCCAAGAAGACCACAAGCGGCACCAUCACCAGCAGGAGCAGGAGAAUCGCAGUUUGAAGCGAAAAAAGAGCGGCGACCGCGACCACGGGCCUGUGGCUGCGCGAGACGCACUCGCUCGUCAUAGCAACUUGGCCAAAGACUCUUUCAAGAGAGCGCGACAGAGCUCUUCAGCAAGCACAGACUCGUCCGAGUCGGGGAAGGCCAGUCGUCUGGGAGGACGCUUUUCCAAGAAUGUGUCGAAAGGGCCUAAAAUGUUGCAGAAAUUCGGCGGGCGGACGUAG